AUGGAGAUUGGCUGGUUCUCAGUGGUAGAAGCAGAGAGAAAGGACUGGAGGGCUUUCUUCAAGCCAUCUUGCCUCUUUGGGUGGGAGGCUGACGUGAAGGAAGGAGAGAAAAUCAGUAAGAAGAUGGAGAAGAAGCAACAGCUUGGGACCAUUCCUAGCAAGAGCGCCAAUACCACCAGCUCCUCUCUCUUUCUUUGCCCCCUCCGAUGUGGAACAGCGAUGUCUAAGGAUGAAGUACAAGACGAGGAACAAGAGACGAGACGGGAAGAAGAGGAGAUUAGACUGGAAGAGGAGACAAGGCUGAAUGAGGAAGAGGAGAUGAGACCGGAAGAGGAGAUGAGAACAGAAGAGGAGGAGAUGAGACGGGAAGAGGAGGCGGAAAUGAGACCAGAAGAGGAAGAGAUGAGACCAGAAGAGGAGACCAGACUGGAAGAGAGGAAGAGGAGACGAACGAGACCAGAAGAGGAGACCAGAUUGGAAGAGGAGGAGCAGAUGAGACCGGAAGAGGAGAUGAGACCGGAAGAGGAGGUGGAGACAAGACCGGAAGAGGAAAAGGAGAUGAGACCGGAAGAGGAAGAGCAGACGAGACCGGAAGAGGAAACCAGAUCAAAAGAGGAGGAGCAGACAGGAUCGGAAGAAGAGACGAGACUGGAAGAGGAGGAGCAGACGAGACUGGAAGAGGAGAUGAGACCGGAAGAGAGGAGGAGGAGACAAGACAUGAGACCGGAAGAGGAGACUAGACUGGAAGAGAAGGAGGAGAUGAGAUGGGAAGAGGAGGAGGAGAUGAGACUGGAAGAGGAGGAGGAGUUGAGACGGGAAGAAGAGGAGAUGAGACCGGAAGAGGAGAUGAGAACGGAAGAGGAGAAGACGAGACGGGAAGAGGAGGCGGAGAUGAGACCAGAAGAGGAAAAGAUGAGACCAGGAGACCAGACUGGAAGAGAGGAAGAGGAGACGAGUCCGGGAGACGAGGGGCAGACAAGACCGGAAGAGGAGACCAUACCAGAAGAGAAGGAACAGACGAGACCAGAAGAGGAGACCAGAUUGGAAGAGGAAGAGCAAAUGAGACUGGAAGAGGAGAUGAGACCGGAAGAGGAGGAGCAGACGAGACUGGAAGAGGAG